UGCCGCGCGGCGACUCACACCACCCGCACUGCUGCCAGGGAGGAAGGUUAGGGACGCAGAGAGGGAGAGCGCUUGCGGGAGAGGGACGCCUGGCUAGGGCGCUGACAGAGGGCUGAGGCCAAGGCUGCUGAAGGAGGCAGGCAGUGCUUUCUAAGAGCUAAAGUGCAAAAGCGACGAGGUCGCGUCCAGGGAGAGCUCCCCCCACCCUCCCGCUGCUACAGCCUGGGACGUCGGGAGAGCGGGGAGAGGUCCCCCGGUGUAGCUGGGAGAAAUCAGCGAGGGGCACCCAGGAUCCAGACACCGCCAUCUGCGAGAAAGCAACUGUCUGGAGAGCAGGCAUCCUAGACCUGUGGGAAACCAGCCGUCCAAGAAGCUGUGGGUCUCAGGCACCCUGAAUCGUGAGAUCUGCACCCGAGAGUAGUUCUGAACUACCCUACAGGACUGUCCUUGGUCCAGCCCACGGGGGAGACCUCCACCCUGACCGGCGGUUUGGGGAGCAGCUCCACUGUGACAGGAGGAAUCCGGCCGGGCAAGGUGGUUGGGCACAACCGUCGGGAGAUCCGGACCGGGGCCCGAGCCCGCGGAGAGCCCCGGGCCUCCGCCGCCAUUGCGCCCAAAAGUGAGGAGGAUUUGCUGGCCCUGGCCGCGUCACGGCUGAGCCGCCGCAAGCGGGUGGCGGGCGCGGCCGUCGGGGUGGCCAUGGUGCUGCUGCUGUUGGUAGCCAUCCCGCUACUGGUGCACAGCUCUCGCGGACCAACACACUAUGAGAUGCUGGGUCGAUGUCGCAUGGUGUGUGACCCCCACGCUCCCCGAAGCCAAGGCCCCGACGGCGCUCCCGCCUCGGUGCCUCCCUUCCCUCCUGGUGUCAAGGGAGAGGUGGGUCGGAGGGGGAAGGCUGGCCUGCGGGGACCUCCGGGACCUCCAGGUCCCAGUGGGCCCCCUGGAGAGCCAGGUAGGCCAGGUCCCCCAGGUCCUCCUGGGCCGGGCCCAGGAGGGGCUGUGGCCCCUGCAGGCUAUGUACCCCGAAUUGCUUUCUACGCGGGUCUCCGGCGGCCUCACGAGGGUUACGAAGUGUUGCGCUUUGACGACGUGGUGACCAACGUGGGCAACGCUUAUGAGGCAGCCAGCGGCAAGUUCACCUGUCCCAUGCCAGGCGUCUACUUCUUUGCUUACCAUGUGCUCAUGCGUGGUGGCGACGGCACCAGCAUGUGGGCCGAUUUGAUGAAGAAUGGACAGGUCCGGGCCAGCGCCAUUGCUCAGGAUGCGGAUCAGAACUACGACUAUGCCAGCAACAGCGUCAUUCUACACCUAGAUGUGGGUGACGAGGUCUUCAUCAAGCUGGACGGUGGGAAGGUGCAUGGCGGCAACACCAACAAGUACAGCACCUUCUCAGGCUUCAUCAUCUACCCGGAUUGAGCCCAACACCUUCCCACACACUCGCAUUUGCCCGCCCCUUUGCCCCCUGCUCCAAUCCACACCCAUCUCCAGCUAGCCCUACCCAAGGUCCCAUCCUCUGAAAGCCUGCCUCCCUGCUCCCCAGGCUACCUAAACCCACUGAUUCUUGGGGCUCAAGGGUUUUAUGUGGAUGAAGAGAGCCGCUUAGGGAGGGACCACCUCACUUGUGCUCCAAUGAAAGCCGGCCACGGAGGGACGGAGGUCAUGGCCCUCCCUUCUGCCUGGACUAAUGGACUCACAGGGGGGAAAGGUGCGCCCUGGCAGCUUGGGAGGGAAGGGAAUGACAAAGGAUCCUGUUUGGGUGAGAGGAGACUCUGGCAAAGGUUAGAUAGUGGACCUCAGUAGCCACUUCCUUCCCUUCCUGUAUCUCCAUUUUCUAGGCUCCAGUCAAGAUAGCCUUCUCGUGAACUGGAAGAGCCAAUGACUCCUUCCUAGUAUUUAAAGCCCAUUUUGUACAGUCCCCAUUCCACUCAUCUCCAGGCUAGGUCCUGGAGCUACAGAUACUGUUACUUCUUCCAAUAAAGCAAGGCUGGGGAUUGUGUGUGGCUACCUACCUUGGUGCAGAGUGGGAGAGAGGCUGGCCCUUUGCCUGAUGCCCUGAAAGGAUUCCCACCCUGCUUGUCAACCUGGACUAGGAGAUAGAUAAGUGCAGUUAAGCCUGGUCAGGCCCGCCUCUCCUGCAGGUUUCAACUCUGAUAUGCCAAGGGUGAGUGGAGGGAAGGGGCCUUCCUUUCAGGGGUGUUGUCCUUGCAAGCAGAGUAUGGAAGAUUCUAAAGUUGCAUUUGGUGUGCCUGCGCAGGAAGAGAAUUCUAGCUGCUUUCCCAGCA